UUACGCCGGACGAAACCCCACCAAACGUUAGUAUAUCGGUCUGGGGUCAUUUUCGGUAGAAUUUUUGAAGAAUUUCGCCGGCUUUUUGUGGUAUAUUUUUGUCGGAGCUAGCUUGGGGAAAUACAAGAUCAGUGGGGAGGAGGGGGCGUGGCUUCAGGGUUUAGACGUUCUCUUCUUUUUCAGGUCGACACCCCAAGCACAGGAUCCGGAAGUGUGCCUGAACUUGAAGACCCUCCUUAACAUUGCCUGGAUGCCGGGGAAAGUGCAACCACAUUGGAGGCCUGCUGUUUGCAAUAGAGGCCUUCAAUAAAUCUGGACUGAAAGAGCACCCCAACCCCCUACCAUCGACAUCACGGGCCUGCACGUCCAGACUGUCAGAGUGGAAUGUUCCACGAAAUGACAAGGUCGAACCCAAACCCAUAACAGACAUCAAACUUGGGAAAAUAAGGUAUGGGAAAAAAGUAGAACACAUCCGGACAAGCCAUUACGACCCACGAGCGCCACACCAGAGGCAGGUAGACAGUGAUUCCCUUAAAACCCUCAAGGCAAAACUCCGAAAGAGUGGCACAAACUCCAUGCUUCUACUUUACGACAGAACAGAAGUCCACACGAGUGAAGUGGUCAGCACAAGUGAAGAAGCUUGCACAAGUGAAGAAGCUCGCACAAGUGAAGAAACCCGCACAAGUGAAGAAACCCGCACAAGUGAAGAAGCCAGCACAAGUGAAGAAGUCCGCACAAGUGAAGAAGCCAGCACAAGUGAAGAUGUCCACACGAGUGAAGAGGUCCACAUGAGUGAAGAGGUCCACAUGAGUGAAGAUAUCCACACGAGUGAAGAGGUCCACACGAGUGAAGAGAUCCACACGAGUGAAGUUGUCCCUGAUGCUGAGUAUAACUUACCCUUCAAUGAUUAUUACGACAUAUCAGCAGAUGCCUUCACAGAAAUGAUGGACACAUACGUACAGUCGCAGAAAAUCACCAAAGCAGACCAAACAGCCACGGAAAUAUCAACAAGAGGACAAUCAAGCAGUACUACAUGGAAGGAAGAAAGAAAGAAAAAACUCACCGCCUCUAACUUUGGAUCAGCCAUAUCAUGUUCAGUAGAGCCUUCUAACAAGUUAAAGUCGAUGUUGUACAAUACUUUCUCCACUGCAGCAACCGACUACGGAAACCUCCAUGAGGAUGCUGCAGUGGAGGAGUAUUUAAAAGAGAAUCCAGAAGCCACAUGUGAAGAAGCAGGACUCAUAUUAUCCCUUGAAAGACCCUGGCUCGGGGCAUCUGUGGACAGACUUGUAAUCAGCAACGGAGAAAUCACAGGAGGCUUAGAGGUCAAGUGUCCACAUUCAAAGAAAGGACAAAGCACACACGAAGCAGUGCAGGACAAGAAGUUUUUUCUCACACGGGUAGGCAGCCAGGUACAACUGAAACGGAACCACAAAUACUACCACCAAGUACAAGGACAAAUCUACUGUUGCACAUUAGCUUGGGUCGACUUUGUUGUAUAUUUUGGGACGGGAAACAUCUUCUGCGAAAGAAUCACACCAGACAUGCAGUGGCAAAGACAGAAUUUACCAAAGCUGGAUCAUUUUUACAAAACAGCCAUACUACCAGAACUAUUCACACGCAGGGUUAAGAGAGGCAUGAAACUGUAUGGUAUGCAUGGCACUGGCCAGUGGAAACCUUAUCUGUCUUCAGUGAAAAAAAAGUGAGUGAUCUGAUCUCGAACCAGUUUAGUUUAAUGAAGAGCUUUUUUUUAACGGUGUCGCUCAAUACAAGGCCAAUUAUUUUUGGCCACUUCUAGGAAUAGAGCUAGAGGAAAUUAUGUCAUAUGAUGAAGUUUCAUGUCCUGGUGGUUUUGUU